GGCUCUGGCUGGCAUGUAGGCCACCUUCUCAGGGACCAUUUAUUUAUGGCGCGAGCCCACACGCCGCAGCCAACCAUGAAAAUAUUGCGGUGCAAGCAAUCUGUGUACUACGACAACACCGUGCAUGGAAAUAUUGACACGUGUGGGACUGUAGUGGUUCCUUCCAUGCACCUACCCAGCGACAACAAGGAGGGCAUCCAGUCCAUCGGCAGCAAUAGCACCAGUGGCAGGAUGAACUCCAAUGCAGAGCCUGAUUUCUCUGAGUUUAUGUGGAUGGCUGAGGAAGACCUGGAGGCAUUUGACAGAGAGGUACUAUGUGAAGUGUCUCAAGUGAUGAUGGAGGACCCUAGUAACCUCAGAGAUGAUGAAGAGGAGUUCUUGUGUCGUAUGUUGGCUGAGGAAGAAGAAAGGGACACUGUUUACUAUCACCAGUAUUAUCAGGACAAGAUGAGAAACAAUACAACAACAGACCUUGCAUCAAGCAUGGAGAAGAUGGGUGUGAGAGAUGAUGUGGCAGCCAAGAGUAAUCUGAACCCAUAUGCUGCCGAGUUCGUUCCGGGACAAAGUGUUUCUCAACCAGCAAAAACAGCCGUUCUUGUGCAGGGAAGCACUAAUGGAAAAGCCACCUCACCCUGACUGUUUGGUUCUCUCUGCAUGUCAUGGAGACAUUAGCUAUGUGUUCUGUGGCUGUAAUUAUAAAGGAAUGAUAUUCAUAGAGUGGAGUCAUAGAUUGCCAAGCUUCUGCAUUUUACAAAUAUAAAUUUAAUUAGAAGGCAUUUAGUUUUGUUAAAACUGUUGUACUAAAUGUUAAAUAUUUAGUUAAAAAACUUUUACAAAGAGAAUAAAAUUAGUAAGAUUUUUGAUCAGGGAAUGUGCAAGCCUGGCAAUGAAAAAGUUAUUAAAAAUAAUAUAAAUGUAUAUAUUUUAGAUUUAGUUGAAACUGCUUAGUUCAGGUUAUGGAGGUGGGGGAAAAUGUGAAAAAGAAAAAAAAAAAAUUAAGACUUUGUUUAAGUCCUUUCCUUGAGUCACCCAUGUGCAGUGCGUAGUUUUAGUAAGGCUGUAUAAAAGUUUGCAACCUCUAAGGCUCACCUAGUGGUUUUGCCAGUAUUGUACAAGUCAGGAUAUAAUAAUGAAACAGCUGGAGUAUUAUGUUUGUACUCUUUUUCUAUUUUGACAUGAAAAAUCUUGAAGCUGUGUCCAUACAGCAACAUGAUACUUUUCCCCCUUCUUAGUGCUGUUUUAAAUCUUUUUAUAUUAUUUAAAUUGCUUGCAUACUUUCGUUUAGCUAUGAUAUUGACAAAUACCUUCUGUGAAGUAUUCAUAGAAAAAAUUUCAAUAUAAUGAAAAAUAUUUAUUUCAUUCUUAAUCAGUCUUAUGUAUCAGUGAUGCCUUAAGUGAUUUGCUAUAUGAUAGUACAAUUUUGGAAGAACACUUUUUAUAUACAACACAUUUUAUAUAAGUAAUUGCUGUUUCACAAGCAAGGAAGCAUAUAUAAGGACUAAAAUUUCUUUAAAAAAACUAGUAUAGAACUUAUAAAUUUAAAUUUUGUGUAUAAUCUAUAAAGAGAAACUUUAUGUAUGCUGACACAACUAAAUGGGAUAUAUUCAUCACAAUUCUCAUUAUCAGAUUAUUUUAAUGCACAUAUGUGAAGUUUUCUUCCUUGGUUGCUUUUACUUUGUUUAUUAAUGUGUUGUUUUGUGUGUCUCCAUAGUACUCCACUAUCUGAGAUUAGACUAAAGUUCAAAUGCUAAUAUGCAUCAGGUCAUGAGGUGACAACUUCUUUAGUGACUCGGUGUGGGAGUAGCUUGAUGUGUAGAUAGUCUUUCAUUGAAAGAAAAGUUUCACUAAAUACUUAUUAAAAAAAAAAUGAUAUUAAUGUAUCUUGAGCUAAUGGAAGAAAUUUCUUUUCAUUUAUUCAUAAAGGUAAUCAUGUACAAACAUGUUUUUGUUUUGGGACAUUAUUACUUUAUAGAGUUAGCUUUGUCUAAAUCCAUGUGACUAUUGAUUGUAACAGAUUGGUCUUUAAGAGGGUUUCUUGGGAUUUUGUACAUGUGUAAUAGCUAGAUAAAGAGCAUAUUUAUCAUAGAUUUAUUACACAUAUGAUAAAUUUCAA